CUCAUCUCCCACCUAGCAAUCAUCCAUCGCUUUUGCCUACUGUUCAUCAUCGACUACACUAUCACCAUUUAGUUGUUAUCAUAACAUCUCAACGUCGAACGCACCCCUGCGCAUUUCCCCAGAAUCUAGACCCGCCCAAGCCUUCCCUCUACCACUCAAAUCGCACAGCGCACCCACUGUUACUGUCUACGCGGUAUCCUCCCGAACUACGUCAUCGCCGCCGUUCAACCAUCACAAUGUCCGCUCCAGUCAACGAAGUUGAGCAACAACCCACCGUUCCCUCCACCACCACCGCCACCACCAAGCCAGACGACACCGGUUCCGCCUCAGCCCCCGGCCCCGUCCCAAUGGAAAAGGAAGCCGCCACCACCACCGCCGAAAGUAAGCCUUCUGCGGCAACCGACAAUCUCAAGCCCGCUACCGACGCUCAUCCCGACGACAAGAAGGAUGCCGAGAAACCCAAAAGCUUCCCCACCGUAGACGAGGUUGUCUCCCAAAAGAUGGCUCUACAGCCCACCGCUGCUGGCUCCGAGUUCCAUGGCCUCGAGUCCGCCACUCCCUCCGCCCCGACGCACACUAUCUUCGACCCGUCUCCCGAAAAAUACCACGACAACCCUCGCGAUGAUGCCGUGCCUCCCAUGGACGGCGUGCCGGAGUCGUUGAUAGAAGAGUACAUCUCGGGAGAUGAUGACUGCGAGGGUCCCGGGACGGGCUCGUCUAUGGGGAUGAAGGCUCCGGACCCAGACAAGGCUGCCAAGAAGGAGUCAACCGAAGACAAGACCGAGAAGAAAGUCAACGAAGAAAAGGAGGCUGCGGUGACCAAACCCGAUGAAGCGGCGGCCGCUGCGCCAUUGGGAGAGAAUGACACGAACGGAGUAACUGACGCAACAAAGAAGGAUAACGAGGGCGAUAAGGAGACCAAGACCAUUCCCUCGGAAACCGCACCAGCCAAGGAAGACGCCAAGGCUGCUCCUGCUCCUGCCCCUGCCCCUGCCCCUGCCCCUGCCCUUGCUGCUAGUAAAAAGAGAAAGGCGGACGAUUUCGAGGAGGACUAUGAUGAAAACGAGGCGGAGAAACAUGAUGCGAAGAAGGCCAAGACUGAGCAGGCGAAUGGUAAUGGCGUCGGCGCUGAUGGUGCAGCAUCACCGGUGAAGAGGGCCCCGGGAAGACCCAAGAAGACGGAAGCGGCCAAGGCUGAUAAGGCGGCAAGAAAGAUAUUGAAGCCUGUGGGGAUGACGCAAAGAAAAACGAGGAGUCAGGGGCCUCCUUGAUUAUAGGUUCUGUGCUGUUUGUCCAAGGGUUGAUAUGAGGAGGAAGCGAGAUACACAAAAUGUGAGGUAAUGGGAUUUUUGGUUAAUUUGUACGAUGAUGUAGUGCAAGUGGGAAACAGUGAUUAGGCGUAUCUUUUGGCUACAUGGAAAAGGUAUAGGGUAUGGCGGAAGCAUCGCAGGUUGGCCUAGGGCACUUGGUAUUUUCUGGAUAUGGUGUACGAAGCUUACUUGGAUAUGGUAUAAUCAAUAAGUUAUUGCAACACUGG